GCAAUAAUGGAGGAGCCAUGGCUGCCCGGCUUUCCAAAGUAAACAGGCCAUUGAGUCAAGUAGAGGAGCUAGCCAAGAAGGCAAUGCAAAAGAAGAAGAUUGCAGAGGCGAACAUGGCCAAGAACCCACCACCCAGAAAGGCUUGCAUUUGUGCUCCAACCAACCACGCUGGCUCCUUUAGAUGUCACCUCCAUCGAACAACCCAAAAACCUUUAUGGGCUGUACAGGACAACAAAAGCUCCAUGCUUGAUGAUGGUAAGCCUGGGCUUUCCAGGUUUGGUAGGGCUGUCUCUGCUCGAAGCCCCCAUAAGAGCCAGGCACUAGCUGUAGAGUGACCCCCUUCUUAUUUUUGAGU